CGGCUCCUUGUCUCACAUCACAUCCCUAUCGUCUUGCCUCGACUCUCUCGGCACUGAAGCCAACAUUUCUCAUCUUUGAGUAGAGUUCUUGAGAAGCUGAGAUCGACUUCGUCAGAGAUGCAGAGGCUGCUUGUUCAUGGCGCGAGGGGCAUCGGUUGCUCUUCCAGGGGUUUGGUGGGCGAAUCCUCUGUCAUGCCUGCAGUAGGCAACGGCGUUCUGCUAACCAGGUAUCACUCAACCGAGAAACACGAUGACAGCGACACUACACUGGGCGAAAUCGGAGAGAAAGCGAGAACAACGGCAGAGGAGUUCCUGAAGAUUGCCAAGGAGAAGACCGAGGAGGUCACCGAAGAAGCAAAGGAAACAGCGCACGAGACCAAGGAAGCGGUGCUCGGGGAGUCCGGCGACGAGAAGGAGUCGUUCAAGCAGAGGGUCGAGCAGGGGAGGUACCACCAGAAAUAGGCGGCAGGCGUUUCUGCUCUAUCGAAGUUGCUACGCUAGGCUUGCUAGUCCACUCUUCAGAUCAGGUGGCCUUUGUUUUUUUUUGUGUGUGAUCAUCAGUGGCCUUUGGUGCAGCAUGUUGUCCCUUUGUAGACUAAAUAAGGCUUUGCCUUUAGUCAUUAGUGGACGUUGGUACUAUACUGCGUGACAUUAGCAGCAGAAUAAAUAAGAUUGAGCUUGUGAAAA